AUGUCUGAUACCGAACAACCAGCAAACCAACCACCAAAGGAAGAAAAGCCAGAUAACACUCAUAUUAAUUUGAAGGUUUCUGAUGGAUCUGCUGAAAUUUUCUUCAAGAUCAAAAGAUCAACUCCAAUGAAAAGAUUAAUGGAAGCAUUUUGUAAGAGACAAGGUAAGGAUAUGAGCAGUUUAAGAUUCUUAAUUGAUGGUACUAGAGUCUAUCCACACAACACUCCUGAUGAAUUGGAAUUAGAAGAUGGGGAUACUAUUGAAGCUCAUCGUGAACAAACUGGUGGUUGUUAG